UCUCUCUACACCAAAAUCAAUUCAACGCCGUCUCCCCUGACCACCGACUUCUUUUCAGCACAGCCCACAUAUAAUCUCCCUGCCCUUUCUCUGCCACCCACCACCACUCUCCUCCACACGCCCCCUUCCUCCUCCCCCCUUAUUUAACGCCCUAAUUCCGGCUGCCAUCUCCGGCAACAUCAGCUUCCAGCCUUCGCCACCACCACCCAUCUGCUCUCUCUCUCUCUCUCUAGUAGAGGUCUCUAAGUGUACUCGACCUAUAUGGGCAACUCGAUAUCUCCUUGCUUUCACCCGCUGCCGAACGGCUCGGAGUCGCCGGUGUCGGCCGCCUCCGCCUCCACGGUCAGACUCAUCUUCGCGGACGGAAAGGCGAGGGUGCUCCAGGGGGACCAGCCGGCCAGCGAUGUCAUGGUGGAACACCCCGACUGCAACGUCUACCACGCGGAGUCCUUCUUCAUCGGCCGCCGCGUCACCCCCGUCGACCUUUCCGACGUGCUGCCUGCCGGAAACACCUACUUCGUCCUUCCCGUCGACCGAUUCGACUGCGGCGUCCUCCUCACGGCUUCCUCCCUCGCCUCCCUCGCCUCUUCUCCCACCACCUCCUCCCUCAACCACCACAACAUCUGGAGCCUCGGCGACAGUCCGUUCGAGUACGUGAAGGGGUCGGACGGCAGGAGGGCCAUCAAGGUGUGCCCCGAGUUCAUCGUCGGCGUGCUCAAGAAGGCCGGCGAGGCUGCCGCGGCUGCCGGCGGGACGCUCUGCAGUUCCCCGGAGCUCCAGAGACAGUACACCAUGUUGGUGGGGUCGAGGAACCAGGGUUGGUCGCCUAAGCUCGAGACCAUCACGGAAGCCACCGCCGGCCUCAGUCGGAGGAAGUUUGGAAGGUGCAGCUCGCCCUGUGCCUUCUUCUUGGAUAGGAGAUGCAGGGGGGAGGUCUACGACUAGGAACUUGAAGUCCACUAACUCUUCCUCUCUUCCUUCCUCUCUCUAACCCGGUUCAUCAUCCACCGCCAUACCUUCAUAGCUCCUCCUGCAAACUGUCCGUUGCUACUUGUUUUGAUCAAGGCACGCAUCCAGCAUGGCUGAUGAUUCAAAGUAGCGCUCAACCGCUUUUAGACAAUUACACACAGAUUUGAAGAGAAGUGAUACGUGAAAUCGAAGCCAAUUCUGAAAAGGAAGGAAGCGAAUUCUUGGCAGACGACUUUAUGAUAACAAUUGUGGCCAUUGCUUUUUCGGUUCAUUUGUGGGCAGGUCACAUAUUUGGUUAAAUCAACUUGCAGAUAACGUAUUGGGGGUCCAUUUUGAUGAAAACGAUCGGGAAUUAUGAGAAUCAGAGGGAUUGUAGCAUUCAAGUGGAUGAUAAUUGAAGAUAUAUCAGAUUCGAAUUAAUCUUACCAACCCCAAGUGUCUUUCUAUCGGGGCUUUAGUUUGCUUUUGAUUGUUGUGUGGGAGUUAUGUUGAUAUUAGGGAAACAGGAUGUAACAUGAGCUUGGGUUGUACAGAUUCUUUUCUCCUUAAUUUGCCAGUUAAGAACAAUAUACAAGGUAUAUAAAUUUUUGAUGAAUGCAGAUGAUACGAUUCGGGUGUAGUAUAUUCA